AUGCUCGCGCUGCUGCUGGGGUUUUUCGUCUCGCAGGCCAGCGCCUCAGGCUCUGGGUCCCUUGGUGGCUCCGUGGAGUUCCAAACCGAAGAGACCGCCAGCCCUAUGACCACCACUUCAUCCUCUUCAUCAUCGUCAUCGUCGUCGACAGAGGUGACUUUAGCGCCGAUCAACGCUCCGUCGUCCACCUCCACUACCUUCCAGCUCGUCGACAACAUCGACUGUAACAGCACCGUAUCCAGUAUGAUCUACGUCAUCUACAACAAGAACCGCGCGCUUUUCGACUCGUGCGUGUCAGACGCCCAGUACCAAAUUUUCCCCUUCCUCGGAACGGAGCCCUCGACUACUCAGGUGCAGGCAAUGGCGACGUCCACUUCCUGCGACAUUGUCUUCACGGGGCUUUUGCUUGCGAGCUUUCCUCAGUGCACGAUCUCUGGCUUUCCGUUCAAGGCAGCGGCGGAGACUCUGCUGAAGAUUCACGUGGAUGUAGUCAACGGGUACGCGCCAUCACCGAGUGCAGAGCGGUUCCAGGAAAUGCUGUCGUGGCGUCGAUGCGUGAACCUCGCCAAAGAAGCAGGUCAACAGCUCCAUUCGCAUGCUGUCAAACUACCGGAUUGA